AUGCUGAAUUUCAUUACUCUUCUGACUUUCGAUACAGAUGCGACACCUGUAAACGGCGCAAAGAGCGGUGUGAUGGCCUUCAGCCAUGCAAGCGAUGUAUUGUACGAGGGGUUCGUAACCGGUGCGCCUAUUCCACGCCUGGUCAGCACGCAAUCUCUUCCAAUCCGAUCACUUUGCGAACGCAAGGUUCCCUGGACAGCAACCGUCGAACUCAAGACUGGCCAAUUUCCCGAUCUGGUUGCCGAAGCGCUCGGCCCAUGUUCAUUCGUUGACGAACCACUACAGCAUUAUAUAGUGGAACCUACCAAUGAAUUUGCAGACUGGACCAUGCUUCAAGCUUUCCCACCUAAGCCUGAUUGUCUCGAGGCUUCUCAUCUUGUUUCUUGGGCUAUGCGGGCUACAAAUGGAGCACUGGGGAUAUGCGAGGAAAUCGAACUACAACAGAGCAUACGGGACUGGCUUGGGUGCAGCGAUCAGGACGACAGACCUUUGACAGGGGCUUUCAACAACCUCAUCUUUGCCGUCGGUGCCUUGUCAUGCCCAGACGAUAAAGACGAUAUGGCGGCCGCUUACUUCGGACACGGCCAGUACUUGAGCAUGAUCGGCUCUACCGGCGAGCCAAGCAUCCUGUCUAUUGUCUGUUACAUCUGGACGACAUUCUACCUGAUCACUUCACGCCAAGUUAAUGCUGGCUAUGCUUCGCUCAGUGCGGCUGUUCGUGAUGCGCAUGGUCUAGGAAUACAUCGUUCUGCAGUUUCGUACAUCUUCACCGACGAACAAGCCAUGCGGGAGCGAAUAUGGAAAGCUCUUCGCAUGCUUGAUCUUUUCUUGAGUAUCUCUAUCGGUCGGCCCAUGACUACUGCCGAGACCCGUGAUACCAAAGCUAGCUGCGGCUACUCAUGUAUCAACGAUCUAGCCGCGAUCAUGGAGACCACGAUCAAGACUAUCUACAACAGCCCAGGGGAGAUCUCCAAGCAAUUUGUAUACGACUCUAUGGAGGAGCAUCGGCUUUGGGUGGAUCGCUUGGCAACCGAGCUGAAUGCUACCGCAAGUGGUUCUCCACUCGACUCAAGACUAGCAGACGAAAUCCGUCUCUUCGUUCCACUCCAAGAGUCAUACCAUUGGUCUGUUAUGCUCCUUACAUGGCCAUUCCUUUUCGACAAGGUUUCCACCCAAUUAGAAGACCGAGGAGAUGAGGCAUUAGGUCGCUCUUCUCGCACUGAGAACACGCCAAGCUCAGAAUUCAGUGAUAUGCUGGUAUCUGCAUGUGUGAACUCGGCGGUGCGUUGUAUCGACGUCACUCGGGAUUCGCUGUCCCAGGCGGGUCAACCAAAGCGACUGCCAUAUGCUGUGAACUCCGUCUUCCAUUCUGCACUCACUGUUGGGAUUGCUGUCUUUGCCGAUCUGGACCAAGUUUACCCGUUGAAAAGCAGUUUGCAAAAGGCUCAAGCCCUAUUGCGAACGUUACAGCUUAACGACUGUUGGGCCCGGACCACUUUGCGAGCAACAGAACGUCUCCAAGCUGCCGGAGAGAGCUAUAUCGACCGCCGCACUCACCGAAGAAUGGAAUUUCAACAAAGAAUGAUUGGAAGAAUGUUCGGACAACUGCACGAUCUCCAACCGCUUGCGCACAAGAAAGAUCUCGUAAUUAGCUCCGACGAUACAGAUACUUCGCCAUCGAACAACACGUUGUUGGAACAUAUUCUAACUCACAAAUAUGCCUACGGCAUUCUCGCAGUCUGCACCCUGCUCGUAAUCAAAUCCUUUGUUCAGUCAUUACUAUCGCCUCUGCGGAAUGUACCCGGCCCACUUCUAGCACGAUUCACACGAUUAUGGGAGGUGUUCGCUGUCAGACGAUAUGACUUCGCCACCUACAACAUUGCGCUUCAUCAAAAGUACGGACCAAUUGUAAGAAUCGCUCCCAACAGGUACAGCAUCAACGAUCCGGAUGAGAUCAAGACGAUCCUAGGUCAUUCACCAUCCAUGGCCAAAUCGAAGUACUACUACCCAUUUGGUAGACAUGACCAGACCAACCUUUUCUCCGUAUCUGACAAAGCCGUCCACUCGAACUUAAAACGACCAAUCUCGCAACUCUAUUCCAAUACACACCUUUUAUCAUACGAAGCUCAGGUGGACAAGUGUAACGUGGUAUUGCUGAAAAGUUUGAAAGAGUUUGCCCGGGAGGGACAGGCGGUCGACUUUCGCGAAUGGGCCCAGUACUAUGCUUUCGAUGUGAUUGGGGAGAUCAGCGUUGGUUCCUCUUUCGGAUUAAUGGAAAACAACGGCGAUUCCAGCGGUAUCAUCAAAGGUAUCGACGAUUCCACGGCUUACGGAGCUUAUUGUGCACUUGUACCGGAUGUGCACUACCCAAUGCAAGAGAUCAGAAAAUUCCUUCGCCUUCACAAUCCAACUCGCGCCAUUAUAGACUUCACUUGGCCACAUAUACUGGAUCGCGCCAAGGGCAAGACAUCACCUCCUAAGUCAGACAGCGAAGACUUCCUCACGAAGUUGUUGCGUCUUGAACACGAGGGAAAGGCCAAGCGGGUCGACACCUUCAACGCUCUAGGGCAGAACAUCGCUGCCGGCUCCGACACCACGGCCAUCUCGAUCGCUAGCGUGAUCGGGCACCUGGCUAUGAAUCCAGAUAAGAUGGCCAGUUUACGACACGAACUGGAAAGUGCAACGCAGAGAGGGGAGCUCUCCAAUCCAGCGCUGUACCAGGAAGCACAGAAGCUACCCUACCUCCAGGCUGUCAUUCAAGAGGGUCUGAGAAUCCAUCCUGCGGUCGGCUGCCCGCUAGUACGUGUCGUUCCUGCAGGCGGCGCACACAUUGCAGGCCGAUAUUUUCCCGCUGGCACUGAGGUCGGAAUCAACGCUUGGGUCAUCCACAGGAACAAGGACAUCUUCGGCCCGGACGCCGAUAAAUUCGUCCCUGAGCGCUGGCUGACGAACGAUCCUGGCGAGCGCGCAAGGCUGGAAAGGAACUUCCUUGCUUUCGGCACUGGCCCGCGCACUUGCAUUGGGAAGAACAUCAGUCUGCUCGAACUGUCGAAAGUCAUUCCCCAGCUGGUGCGGCAAUUUGACUUCGAGAUCGUUCCUGAUGCGGAGAACGGAGGAAAGAUGUACGAUUACAAGACGUUGUGGUUUGUGAAGCAGAAGUUCAAGUGCUUUGUGCGCGAGCGGACUGUUUGA